AUAUAUCGAAAUGUCAGUUAAAAAAAUAAGAUUUUAUUAAAGGAUUUUCAUAAAUUGAAAUAUUUAACUAUUAUUUAUACAUAAAUUAAUAUCAAAACCGCUUAAAUAUGGAAAUUAAUCGCAUUUAUAUUUGUUAUCUAAUAACCACCCUGCUAAUAAGCAUAUUUGUUUAUUCCCUUGUUUCCAGCAAUUUGCAAAAUAUGAAAAAAUUGGAAAGGUUAAGAGAAGAAGUAGAUGAUAUAGCGCAUUUAAUUCUAGAAACUCCCUAUAAUGGUAAAACCGAUUCGAAAUAUUUAACCGAUUUAAUAGACAACUUUAUUAAAAAACGUUUGGCCGGCAUAUGGGAUGAUUUGUAUUCGCUAAAGAAACAAAUAAAAUCGCGUGAUUGUACGGCUACCUUGACGCAAAACUCCAAAAACCAGCAAAAAAUGGAAGUAGCACAAAUGGAGGAAAGGGUAAAUUAUGCUGCCGCAGAAUUGGGAGCCAGAAUUUUGAAUGUCAAAGCAGAACCCAUAUGUUCAGGCAAUAUUUUGAAAACCUGGUUGGGCAUGGAGUUUAAUACUAAUCCUCCCAUUAAUAUGUUACGCUCUACUAUGGAACCUGGUAGUUGUUUUGGUUUUAGAAACAAUAAAGCUGAAGUUACACUAAUAUUGGCUAGGGAGGUGUUAAUAGAUCAAUUUUUAAUGCAACAUAUUACCAAAAAACAAUCUCCUUCAGAGGAUAUUUCAUCAGCUCCCAAAGAUUUUCAAGUUUUUGGCUUGCAAAAUAAUGAUGAAGAAUUUUAUUUGGGUACUUUUAAGUUCGACAAUAACCAACCUGUACAGUAUUUCAAUAUAAAAACAAAUGAAAGAUUUCAAAAUUUAAGAAUUCAAUUCGAUUCCAAUCACGGACAUCCUAAUUAUACUUGUGUUUAUAGAAUUGCUGUUUUCGGCAAAUUGUAAAAGAAUUUAUUUUAAAAUGUUUUUUGACAUCUUAUUAUUGUACGAGAAGUUUUAAAUGUUUCUUAAU